AUGGCUUCGGUUUCGAGAUUGAUAAGAUUCGCUGUUAUCAUCACCCUUCUAGGACCCUUCGUUUCUCUUAUCUCGGCUUCGCCGACAUAUGGCAACGUCCCCUCGCCGAAGUACCCCUUUGCUUCACCGAAAUGUCGUCAUCCUUUGAUAAGGAAAGAUUGGAGAGCUCUGUCGGCCUCUGAGAAGAAGGCAUACAUCGCAGCAGUCCAAUGUCUAGGAAAUAAGAGGAAGGCCAAAUCGAUAUCCGGUAUCCCAGGUCUUCAAACCCGAUACGAUGACUUCCAAGGCGUCCAUUCGGUCCAAACACCUAACAUCCACUGGGUCGGCCACUUUAUGCUCUGGCACCGCUACUAUAUUGCCAUCUAUGAAAAGACCCUCCGAGAGGUUUGCGGCUACCGUGGUGCUCAACCGUACUGGAAUUGGACCAUUGACAUCAACAGUGGCAAGGAUAUGUCACAAUGGCCCAUCUUCAACAACAAUACAGGUUUCGGUGGCAAUGGCGUCUACAUCGACGGUGAAAAUCCAUUCGGAAUCCCCGAACGAAGCGGUGGAGGCUGUGUCCCACGAGGUCCCUUCGCUUGGCCGAAGUGGAGUGUCAACUUAGGUCCCGGUUCUAGUCUAGAUUAUAACCCCAGAUGUCUAGCACGCGACUUUUCACGGCCUAUGAUGAGGUGGGCGACACAGGAACUGGUUAACUGGGUACUAGAUGUGAAGAAGUAUUCGGAUUUUGCAUAUCGAUUGGAGAACGUACCGGUUUUCACUGUUCCGAACGUUCAUGGUGCCGGGCAUUUUGGGGUUGGGGGUGCUUUAGGAGCUCUUGGUGAUGUUUAUGCCAGUCCUGGUGACCCAAUCUUCUUCCUUCACCACACAACAAUGGACCGUAUGCUCUGGACAUGGCAGAAGAGAAAACUACCCGCCAGACUUUACGAUGUUGGCGGACCUAUUAUUCCCUUCGACUAUACGGGGCCGAAUAUUACACUUGGUUUUAAGGUCGGGUUGGGCAAGUUGGCUCCGAAUGUAACGCUGGCACAAAUCAUGAACUUGCAGGGGGACAUCCUUUGCUAUGACUACCAGUGA